UUUCACCAAACCACACAAUGAUUACUUUAAGAUAUUACAGACAUUACAGCUUCAUUUUCUGUUACAGCAAAAACUCCAACUGGCCUGCGGUUUAUUGGGGGGAGUCAGCGCCUGAGGCGUCCUUUAUAAAAUAACCUCUUGUCAAGAGUAGCAGCAGUCUCAUUUUGAAAGCAUCUUACAGAUGGAGCUAUACAGAUACAGCCAAAGAGCAUUUGCAUGACAUAAUCCACUACACAACAACAUUUAAAAACAUCAUUAAUGUGUCAGUCUAUCAAUUUAAUGAAGAAGAUCUUGAUGAUUAUAUGAAGAAGAUGAACCGAAGAUACAGUGUACUGCUUUCAGUUUUAAUCUGUCAGGUUUAUACCAUGCUGGCUCAGGAAUGUGCCAGUAAACAGGAACUAAAGAGCUCAAUUCAACAAGUUCAUAGACGUCUUUCAGCGCAGGAAGCCUCAUAUCUGCAGAGUCUUCGUACUCUGAGGAAGAAACUCAAUCUACUGCUGUACAGUGUUGCUCACCUGCCUGCUAAACCAAAGAACUUCACUUGCCCAAACCUGGAUACUCCAGUCAAUGGCAGAAAGCUGGGGAAAAUUCUGCUCCCUGGUCAUGAUGUUCACUUUCUGUGUGACAUGGGCUAUGAGCUAGUGGGCUCAGAGACUCGGCAGUGUAAAGAUUCACUCAGCUGGACGGGUCAACAACCAAUCUGCAAAGAUAUCAAUGAGUGUCUUUCUUCACCUUGUGCUAAUGGAGGAACCUGUACUGAUGAGGUCAAUGCAUUCAGCUGUGUCUGUCUCCGUGGCUGGGCUGGACCCACCUGCCAGUCUCCAACACCAACAUUUUUUGUUUCUAUAACCAACACAUCCUCUGCCAGCACUGGAGCUGUGUCCACCUCCUCCUUUCCUUUGACUCAGUCUGCUUUCACCUUGAAGUCUAAAUGUAGCCAGGUGCAGGGUACCACCCUCUGCACCUGUGAGCCGGGCUACACCAUCUCAGGACGUGAUAACAGCAUCUGCACGGACAUUGAUGAGUGUAAAUUGUUCCACAAUGGUCAGGCCGGCCGUUUGUGUUUACACUCAUGUGUUAACACUCCUGGUGGCCAUCGAUGCACUUGUCCUGUUGGUUACAUUGAGACACAAGAUGGGCGUAGCUGCAAAGAUACUGAUGAGUGCAGUACCAGACAAAACAACUGCAACCGUGAUCAGCUCUGCAUCAACACAUAUGGAGGCUUUCAGUGCGUUAAGGUGGAGUGUCCACACAUACGGAACGCCACCUAUGUAAAAACUUCUCCAGUGCGCUGUGAGCGGAACCCAUGUCCUGUGGACAGCACGUCUUGCUCUCAGGCACCAAACUCUGUGUCGUACCAUCACAUGUCUGUGGUGUCUAAUCUGUCCAUUCCACGGGUCAUGUUCCGCAUGUCUGCUGUCAGAAUGAUCGGAGACACGCUUCGGUUCGCAUUAUUGGGAGGCCGAAAUCGCCAUUAUUUCACAAUAAAACGCUCCGAUCGUCAAACUGGUGAACUGUUGCUGGUUAGUCCUGUUCAGGGUCCCGUUACGCUGGAAGUUGAGAUGGAGAUGACUGAAUUGGAGAGGAGAGAACUGCUGGGACGCUACAUCACCAGAAUUACCAUUUUUGUCUCUCAAUAUGAGUUUUAGAGGCCGCACAUAUUGGUCUUCUCAAGGUAUUCAUACAAAAGUGUUUUAUUUCAGCAAUACAACAUUAGCAAGAGUGCUGUUGUCCUGAAUGUUACCUACAGAACAACAGCACUCUUUCUCGUGUCAUAUUGCUGGAAAACCUUUAGAAGUCCAAAGAUAUUCAGAACAACAGCCCGAUUGUGAGUGUGAUGUUGCUUUUCUACAACAAAUCAAAAAACAUAAAUGUUAAUAUCAAGUAAUGUUCAUUUCAGACAAAAUUGGAGCAGUUGGUUUAUGUCGAGUAUUGUCACAGAGCAAUGCACAGACUGAUCGCCUGUAUGGAAGUGAACACAGAACACACUUAUACAUUUUCAGUUCAUGGUUUUCAAAAAAAUGAUACUUUAGAACUCAUUUUUAAAAGUCUCAAUUUUCGGACGAAUUAUUGAGAAAAUCAUACUCAAUAUCAGUUUAUAGUGCUUAGAGCAUAAAUAUAUUUGUUGUAUAUCUAUUUGGACAGAUUUAUAAUAUAAAACAACAUGAAUAAAAUGAAAGGGACCACAAUUACCAUGUCUGUUCUUUAGAGUGACUAGAGGAUGUUCAACUGAGCUAAUAUAAAUGCUAGCUUGGACAAAUAAAUGGUGAGGUACUUUAUUUCAAAUUGUAAGGUUUAUAUGUUUCAUCAAUCAUCGUAUUGAUGUCUUCAAUUUCUUAAUAAGUUAAAUGUAAUGGGAAUUAAUAUAAUGUGUUAUUGAUGCUACAGCAGUGCUCCAAUUGUCAAAUCCAAAUGUUUGGAUAUAGUUUCUUAAAAAACAAUGAAAGAAAAAUUGUCAUUUUUAUUCUUGAAAAUUAACCAAACAUUUGUACAAUUUAUGAUAUAAAUACAGUUAAAAAGAAUGGAGGGAUUGUCCUUCUAAUAUACAAUUGAGCCUGUUUUUUGUGACUAAUAUCGAAAAGAACUCAACGGGUACAAGCCAAGUGUAAUGUGCACACCUGAUCUCUUGAGCGUUGUCAAUGGUUGUCAUUUCUGCCCAUAGAUCAAUUCUUAUUGUGACUAUAUAAAACGCUGCUAGAACUGAUGGCUACAUUCAAACAAAUCCAAUACAUUCAUUAUGGAUGAAUAAACAUCAGUUGUUCUCUUCAUGUAUAUUUCCUGUUGCGUGUUUAUGUAAAACAUCUGGGUCUAUUGCUGUAAUGAGAAUUCAAUGUUUUGCACUACGGUAAUGAGAAGGAAAUGUUUUGGUGUGAUUCACCCUUAUUGCAAUGAUCGUUUGGUAUCAUAUGUAUCAUGCUAACACAUUCUGACCUUUAUUGUACAAAUGAACCAUCAUCCAAAAAGGCUCAAAAUAAGGUGCUUUUGAUUAAUAAAUUGUAUACAAUGUGCAAUUCUUAGUGUAUUAAUAUGUGUAUCUAAAUAUAUAUACAACUUGUAAAUUAUGAAAAAUAAAUUCUGACUGUAUGCUUUCAAAUAAAUCUUCAACAUAGUUAAACAGAUAGAGUGGAACAUGAGCUGAACAUCUCAACACUAUUUCACAAAUGUGUACAUAUUAGCAACACAUCACAUGACCCAGACAAUGACUUUCCUUUUCCAUUAUAAAUAGAGCCAUUUCAAAAAAUACAUUUACCAAAAUUUACCAGUCCCAUUUAAUGUGAACACAAUUUACACUUAUGUGCUUCAAAUCACACAGGCCCAAACCUCUCGUGAACUGCUGCAAGGCACUUUAUAAAAAUCACCCAUAUUAUCAGUCCUAUUUCAAUAAACAUCAGAUAUAUAUUGCAUCCCCUCAUUAUCUCCUCAUUUAGUAUCGUUUGUUUUACACAACCUCAAACAGACAGUCAAGCUGAUGUCUGUAUAAACCUACAUCCCUUUUUUUUGAAACCAUGACAACUAGAAUAAUGAAGCAACUUAUUAUUCAAUAAGACAUUAUUGCACUAUUACACUAUUAUAUGUUUUAGAAAUUCAUCAACCGUUCAAACAAAAGACGGUAAAUGUCACAUAAUGAGUUACUCACUGGACACAAAUCUCCAGGACUCGAUGGAGUGGACUGUGCAAAACUCUGAAAUUGGAGCUCUUGUGCCUCUGGUUUGUAGAUUUGAUUCAGCGGACU